GAGCACAUCGGCCACGAGACUGUCGGCGGCAAGCGCAAGGUGGGCAAGCACACGCAGCGCACGCUUGCGAGCUUCAGCAUGGAGAACAAGACCUGCGUCGUCACGGGCGGCACUCGCGGCCUGGGCAACCUGAUCGCGCGCACGUUCGUCGAGUCGGGCGCCUCGCGCCUGGCCAUCCUUGACCUGGACGCUGGCGAGGCGCAGGCUGCGGCUGCCGAGGUGGUGCAGUGGUUCGAGGACCACGGCCAGGCGGAGAAGGGCGAGGUGGAGGCGCUGGGCAUCGGCUGCAACGUCGCGAGCGAGGAGAGCGUGACGCAGGCCAUGAAGCAGAUCAAGGAGCGCUUCGGCUCGAUCGAUGUGGUCGUCAACAGCGCUGGCAUUGUCCACAACUUCCCGGCUGAGGAGUACCCGACUGACAAGAUGAAGCUGCUGUACGACGUCAACAUCAACGGCAGCUACUUCGUGGCGCGCGAGGCCGCCAAGCACAUGCUGCGCGACGGCACGCAGGGCUCCAUCAUCCUCAUCGCCAGCAUGAGCGCCGGCAUCGUCAACAUCCCGCAGGCGCAGGCGCCGUACAACGCGUCCAAGGCCGCUGUGCGGCAUCUCGCCUCGAGCCUGGCCGUCGAGUGGGCGAAGCGCGGCAUCCGCGUCAACUCGCUCUCGCCGGGCUACAUGGCCACGGCACUGACGAAGCAGGUGCUGGAGAACAGCCCCGAGGGCAAGGAGCUCAAGGCCAAGUGGGAGAGUCUGACUCCAAUGGGCCGUAUGGGCGAGCCGGAGGACCUCAAGGGCGCGGCGAUCUAUCUCGCCAGCGACGCCAGCAAGUUCACGACCGGUCAGGAUAUCGUCGUCGAUGGCGGCUACGUCUGUGUGUGA